AUGUCUGCCUCGGGUCCAGCCACGCAGGAUAAUGCCCGGAACUACAGCCCCAUCCGCCGAAAAAAACCGGAAGAAGCCGAUGGUGGCUGGCGAGGACCAAAGUUCCCGCCUAGCCCCUCUGUUUUAUUUUUUCCCCGCCUCCUCCGCGGAAACCGAGCGCCAAACUCAAACUUUAACAGGACCCGGACGUCUUUUAGGCUAGUGCUGCAGGCCGCACUUGGAGUUUCCCGCACACCUGCCGGGGAAGCGGUUCAGCAUGAGCCAGGUUCUGUUCCAGCACCUCGUCCCGUUGCAAGUGAAAUGCAAAGACUGCGAGGAGAGGUGAGGAGAGUGAGUAUUAGACUGAGCAUUGAACUACAAUCAGUUUCUAAUCCAGUUCACAGAAAGGAUUUAGUUAUCCGUCUGACUGAUGAUACUGAUCCAUUUUUUCUGUAUAACCUUGUUAUAUCAGAGGAAGAUUUUCAGAGUUUAAAAUUCCAGCAAGGUCUUCUGAUAGACUUCUCAGCUUUUCCACAAAAAUUCAUAGAUCUCCUUCAGCAGUGUACUCAAGAGCAUGCCAAAGAAAUUCCAAGGUUUUUGCUACAGUUAGUUUCUCCAGAAGCUAUUUUGGAUAACUCACCUGCUUUUUUAAAUGUGGUAGAGACAAAUCCUUUUAAGCAUCUUAUACACCUUUCAUUAAAACUGUUACCUGGAAAUGAUGUGGAAAUAAAGAAGUUUCUAGCAGACUGUUUGAAAUGUAGCAAGGAAGAAAAAUUAUCAUUGACACAAUCACUAGAUGAUGUUACCAGGCAACUGAAUUUCACACAAAAGACAUUAUCAGAAAAAAUCCAAGAAUUAGAUAAGUUACGGAAUGAAUGGGCAUCACACACAGCAACACUGUCAAAUAAGCAUUCUCAAGAACUGACAAAUGAGAAGGAAAAAGCUUUGCAGGCACAGGUUCGAUACCAACAGCAGCAUGAACAACAGAAAAAAGAUUUAGAAAUCCUCCAUCAACGAAACAUCCAGCAGCUACAAAACAGAUUGUCUGAGUUAGAAUCUGCUAAUAAAGACCUCACUGAAAGGAAAUAUAAAGGAGACUCUACCAUCAGAGAACUUAAAACAAAACUGUCUGGUGUUGAAGAGGAGCUCCAGCGGGCUAAGCAAGAAGUCCUCUCUUUGCGAAGAGAGAAUUCUACACUUGAUGCUGAGUGCCAUGAAAAAGAAAAGCAUAUUAAUCAUCUACAAACAAAAGUGGCUGUUUUAGAACAGGAAAUCAAGGAUAAGGAUCAGCUUGUUUUAAGAACAAAAGAAGCAUUUGAUACAAUCCAGGAACAAAAGGUGGCUUUAGAAGAAAAUGGUGAGAAAAAUCAGGUACAACUAGGAAAACUUGAAGCUACAAUAAAAUCAUUAUCAGCUGAACUUCUUAAGGCAAAUGAAAUUAUCAAAAAGUUGCAAGGGGAUCUGAAGACCUUAAUGGGUAAAUUGAAACUGAAGAAUACAGUAACUAUUCAGCAAGAGAAACUCUUGGCUGAGAAGGAAGAAAAAUUACAAAAGGAACAAAAAGAAUUACAAGAUGUUGUACAGUCUCUCCGAAUUAAAGAGCAAGAGGUAUGCAAAUUACAAGAACAAUUAGAAGCUACAGUUCAAAAACUUGAAGAAAGCAAACAGCUUCUAAAAAAUAAUGAGAAGUUAAUCACAUGGUUAAAUAAAGAAUUAAAUGAAAAUCAGCUAGUGAGAAAGCAAGAUGUAUUGGGACCUUCAACCACUCCACCCGUACAUUCUAGUAGCAACACCAUCAGAAGUGGAAUUUCUCCUAACUCUAAUGUGGUUGAUAGUAGACUGACUUACCCAACUUGUGGGAUUGGUUAUCCUGUCUCCUCUGCAUUUGCAUUCCAGAAUACCUUUCCUCAUCCUAUAGCUGCCAAAAAUACCAUCCACCCAGUUUCAGGACCAAAGGUGCAGUUUAACUUGCAGUUUACAAAACCAAGUACAUCACUAGGAGAUGUUCAAUCAGGAACAACUGUUAGUAUGCCUUGCUCAACUGAUAAGGAAAAUGGUGAAAAUUUAGGGCUGGAAUCCAAAUAUCUGAAGAAAAGGGAAGACAGCAUUCCUUUACGUGGGCUCAACCAAAAUCUAUUUAAUAAUCCAGACCAUCAAAAAGACGGCACUUUAGGAGCAUUACAGACAUCUUCCAAACCCGUAGUACUCCCUUCUACAUCUUCAGCGUAUUUCCCUGGGCAGCUACCAAACAGUUAAUCCUAGUGUCAUCUUUUACUUUUAUUGAAAUUUUAGAAAUUCAGCAUGUUUUUAAUAUAGAAACAACACAGAUGAAAUUCCGAAUAAGCAAGUUUCAAAGUUUACUUGAGCUACUGUAUUAGAUUGUUUGGAUCCUUUAAGUACUGCUGUCGUUUAUGCAGUUUAGAGGGGCAUAUUUGUACUAGGGAAUGGGUGAAGAUUCUUUUUAGUUUGGAACAUGGUGUUUUGUAGAAUAAUAGUAUGAAUUUUAUUAAACUAAUCCUUAGAAAUUCUCAGAAGUUCUAAGGAAAGAGUUGAUCCUUGUGAGGGACAUUCUAAUCAUAUUCAAUAACUCAGUUAAUUAAAACCUGCUCAGAUAUAUAUACUAGUAUGAAACCAAAGAAUGCUAUCAAUUCAUUUUAUCAUUUUCAUUAGUACAAUAAAAGUUUUAAAUUUGCCACCUGAGAAUUUUAAGGGAAAAUAAUUAUCUCUUGAGAUAUAUUAUUGAUAUUUACAGUAAAGGGAAAAGUCCUGAAAUUACCUUAAAUGAAUAAAUUCUUCAUAGCAAGUAAAUAUUUUCCUUGAUACCUUUAAAUUAUCUUUUGAAUAAGUCCGUUAAGUAAUUUUGAUAAAUUUAUUGUACAGAAAAUCUUGGACAGUCUAAUUACAUGACCAGAUUAGGUACAAAGUGCUUUUAGUCAUUUGAGGUGCAGUUUAUGGAUUUUAAUGCUUCCUGGAAGUCUACAGUCAUCCAGUUUUUCUCCUUCAUUUGGAGUUUUGUUUGUUAUGCAGUUAAAUCUGUAUUAGUGGAAUAUUUGUUUUAAAAAUUAGUACUUACACAAAAUAUUUACUGAGAGCAUCAUGAAUAUUCAUUUUGCUUAUAUCAAAAUAGGUUCAUUUUCAUGUUUGCUUAUUAGUAAAGUAGGCAAAAUGAAUAAUGUUAGAAGUUAUAACUUUCUUCUCUUCCCUAUAAUGAAAAGUUUCAAAUAAGAAUUGUUCCUUGGGAAAAAUGAGGUAAUUUAAAAAAAUUCACCCAGGAUCACAGGGUUGCAUUUUGUUUUCUUACAGACAACCAUCCAGUAGAGUAGCAUUCUCUUAAGAAAACUCUAAAUCAUUUUGUUUGCAGAGAUUGCUCAUGCUCAUGUGAUACUUAAAAAAAAUAUUUUCAAGGACCUUAUUACACACAUGAGGAAGAGAGACAUUUCAGGAUAUUGAUGACCUACUAAUGUUAUUGGCUUCCAUGGUAAGACAAAAAAUAUUUGCUAAUUUUUUUACGAAGCCACAGUAUUGAGUCUUUCCUUAUGAUACUUUUGAAACUGUUGGUAACCACAAGCUGUCUUAAACUAAAAAAUUUAAUAACCGUUAUUAGGUAGUCACUUUUUAUAUAUAUUUUUUUGUCAUUUAGAUAUACUAUAUUAGUAAGAAUACUCAGUUAUAAUAACUUGAAAGCACUAAUAAUCUGGAAAGAAACUUUCUGGCAAUAUUGGAAUCUUUCCUGUAAAUAGUAUGUAAUAUAAAACUUUGUGACAAGGGUUUGGAUAGGAUACAUGACAUACAGGUAGCUCUUUUUUUUAAAUAUAGAUAUCCUUUUCCAUAUCCACACAUGGAAAACUGGGAGAAUUCCCAAAAGAUAUAGAGAUCAUUUUGAUAUCAAACUUGCUAAAGACUUUUUGGUAUUAAAUAUAUAUACACAGACUUUCGAGUGUGCUAAUUAUUUGCUCUACCUCUUAAACUUUUAUUUGAAAUUGUUUUGCUGUGUGCAGUUGUACAUGUGUUAAUAAUCAAAAUAUUGCAUUUAAUGUAUUUCUGUAAACUGUGAGCUUUGUUAAUAAAGUAUUAAUAUUUUGGGAA